UUGGGGUAUAUUGGGAGUUGUGUACUUGCUCGAAGGUGGGAGCGAAACAAGCUGGUAGUGCGAUAUUCAUCCUCCAGCUCUGGGCAUGGGAGCAUCUUUCAAUGUUCUCACCUCAAGACCCGCGUCCAUUCUAGAGAUAAAAUAAGGACCUUUGAGAUGUGCCAAAUGCCCCCUAUGAUGUCAAGUGGAUCGGAGCAAAUACAAACGACCACCAACGUGGGC